AUGCGCUUAAAAAGAAAUUCGGAGCAGAAUAGUGAGGAUGAAUCAACAGCCAGUUCAGUUAAAUCUGUUGAGAGCUAUGGAGUAUUUGAAAGCGCGUGUUCAGAUUGUUCAGAAUGUGAGUACGGGUCCGACGCGAAGCAAAAUCACAUAUACCAUAUAAGAGCGAGUUGUGCGAGGUUCUUCGAAGAUCGCGAGACCUAUCCUUUACUGAUGGGGGCAAAAUUGACCAACACGUAUAGAUCGAUGAGCACAAGUUCAGAUACUUUGGGUCCAGCAGAAUUAUCAGGUAGCGAAAUCAUAGCUACGUACAAACGGACAAUGCAGAAAGACGUUGAACCGGAUAAGAAUAAACAAAGCUCUCUUGUCACAAUAUUUUCUAUAUGGAACACAAUAAUGGGGUCAUCUCUACUGACCAUGGCGUGGGGUGUGGAACGUGCCGGCUUACCCACGGCGUUGAUUCUACUCGCCUUCAUGGCGGCCCUAUGUCUGUACACCGCGUACAUACUAUUGAGGGUAAAUGCUCACCAUGGUAGUGAAACAUGUGAAGUGCCAGCUUUAUGCAAAGUGCUGCUCGGCUCGGGAGCCGCGGCGAUGGCGCACGUGUUCAGCGUCGUGGUGCUGUUGGGGGCCAACGUCAUAUAUUGGCUGCUUAUUACCAACUUUCUGUACUACACCGUCAAUUAUUUUAUGGAUGUUAGUACAAGCACAAACACUACAGUCUACAACUCAAGUCUCCUGUGCCCUAACAACGACUGGCUACUCGGUAUUUCAUCUCAACCUCUCGAAGAUCCAUCACCGUACUGGAGUCUGCACACCACCGUCCCUUUCUACGUUGCCAUCAUUAUGUUCCCGCUUAUCAGCUUCAAAAACGUAUCUUUCUUCACUAAAUUUAAUUCUUUAGGUACACUAUCAGUAUUCUACUUAUUAAUAUUCGUCGUCAUAAAGGGCUGGCUGUGGGGUAUCAACCUGCCGAGCGCGGCGCUGGCGCGCGGCGGCGGCAGCGACGCGGCCGUGCUCAGCGGCAUGCUGGCUUUGUCCUUCUAUAUACAUAAUAUUAUCAUCUCGGUGAUGAGUAAUAAUGCACGACAGGAGAACAAUGGCAGGGAUUUAACAAUAGCGUUUAUGUUAGUAACUGUAACAUACGGUCUAGUCGGCGCCGUCUUCUACAUCUGCUUUCCUCUCGCCAAGUCCUGCAUAGAAGAUAAUAUUCUAAAUAAUUUCGAGAUGCACGACGUGAUGACUGCUAUUGCGAGGAUACUGUUGCUAUUUCAAGUGAUCACGGUGUUCCCGCUGAUCGUGUUCAUGCUGCGCGCGGCGGCGGCGCGGCUGAGCGCGCGCGCCGCCGCGCCGCGCGCCGCGCUCGCGCUCAACCUCGCCGUGCUCGCGCUCUGCAUCGCCGUCGCGUGUCUGUGCCCCAAUAUUGGGACUAUCAUCAGAUACAUGGGCGCGGUCAGUGGGCUCGUGCACGUGUUCGCACUCCCCGCACUCUUACAGAUGCGUUCACUGCAGAUCCGCGGCAAACUGACCAUAUGGAAAGGAAUCUUUUACUCUCUUAUUAUAAUAUUCGGUUCAGUUAACCUGAUAAUGCAAUUCUUUAUUGCU